AUGGGCGCCGGCGACGACACCAAGCCCGCUGCCAUGGAGGUGACCUCGUCGCCGUCGUCGUCCCCCACCCCGGCGCCACCACCACCACCACCGCCAUCGGUGCUACGGUCCGUGCUGCUGUCGUACGCGUACGUGGGGAUCUGGAUGAGCCUGAGCUUCGCAGUGAUCGUGUACAACAAGUACAUCCUAGACCCCAAGCUCUACAACUGGCCGUUCCCGAUCUCGCUCACCAUGAUCCACAUGGCGUUCUGCGCGUCGCUCGCCUUCUUGCUCGUCCGCGUCCUCCGCGUCGUCGACGUCCCGUCGCCCCCUCAGCAGGCCAUGACGCCGCGCCUCUACGCGUCCUCCGUGCUCCCGAUCGGCGCGCUCUACGCGCUGUCGCUCUGGUUCUCCAACUCCGCCUACAUCUACCUCUCCGUCUCCUUCAUCCAGAUGCUCAAGGCGCUGAUGCCGGUCGCCGUCUACUCCCUCGCCGUCAACCUCCGCACCGACGCCUUCCGCCGCGCCACGCUGCUCAACAUGCUCGCCAUCUCCGCGGGCGUCGCCGUCGCCGCCUACGGCGAGGCCCGCUUCGACGUGUUCGGCGUCGCGCUGCAGCUGCUCGCCGUCGCCGCCGAGGCCACCCGCCUCGUGCUCAUCCAGAUCCUGCUCACCUCCAAGGGAGUGUCGCUCAACCCCAUCACCUCGCUCUACUACGUCGCGCCAUGCUGCCUCGUCUUCCUCACCAUCCCGUGGUACGCCAUCGAGCUUCCCCGGCUGCGCGCCGCCGCCGCCGGGGGGCGGCUCGCCAGCCCCGACGUGUUCGUCUUCGGCACCAACUCCCUCUGUGCAUUCGCGCUCAACCUCGCCGUUUUCCUGCUGGUGGGCAAGACCUCCGCGCUCACCAUGAACGUCGCCGGCGUCGUCAAAGACUGGCUGCUCAUCGCCUUCUCGUGGACGGUCAUCAAGGACACCGUCACGCCCGUGAACCUCGUCGGCUACGGCAUCGCCUUCCUCGGCGUCGCCUACUACAACCACGCCAAGCUCCAGGCGCUCAAGGCCAAGGAGGCCGAGAGGAAGGCGGCCGCCACAGCGGUGACCAAGCCGGACGAUGACACGGAGGCAGGUGCGCGGCUGCUGCCGCCGGACAACAAGGACGGCGCCGGCGACGGUGGUCACCACAAAAACUGA